ACUGGAGGACCGGAGAGGAAACCGGAAUGAGCUGGACUUGAACUCACAGCGACCACAUUGAUCAUGACGUGUUUUCCGCGAGAUAUGCUUCCUCAGAUUGGGGCAGCCAAAGCUGUGUAUUGUUUGAGUGACAGUUCAGUGGGACUUAUAGGAACUCUGGAGUGUGGAGGACAUGCUGUUACCCAGACACCUGUUCUGGGGAAUAAUUGGCUGUACACACCUGGAAUUGUCAUACCUAGGUUACACCCCAACCCCCUGCAGAGAUCCUCCAUACCUGUGUUUCCAUGGCAACCACCCUGACAUAACUUUGGCUAGCCUGCUGUCUGCCCAUCUGUUCCCCUUGUGUACCUUUUGUUGUGCAGUGUGUGAUUUGACCAGACAACAUCAAUCUGCAGAAUAAUGCAAAAGUGUGACGAUGGUAAGAGAAAUGGUGACACCAUGGACCAUAGAGAGGGCAAAGAGGGACAGCUUGACCCUGAUGACGAGGUUCUCCUGGAGAUGCCCCUGGACAACAGUGACCGCUUGACCAGAGACAAGGCCAAGUACUUCACAGAGGAUUAUGAAGAAAAUGACCGUGUUUCUCUGGUACACGGCAGACAUGAGAGAAUACCAUUCAAGGAUUUUUUCGCUGAGGUGCGUGGAUUUCGUGAUCUGGAAAUAUUCUUGGAGAAUACUGUGCUUCUAUUGGACAUGCCUGAAACUGGAAUGACAGAGAUUUUCGAGCGGCUAAUUCGAGAGGUUUCUGAGCAAGAAAACCUGAGCAUUGACAUGGAGGAAGCAAAGCAGGCUUUGUUCACACACGACUCAGUGCAUGUUUUGGGGAAAACCAUCCAGGGAACGAGCUACACACAUGGUGUGGGUUUUGACUAUGAUCAGUCCUGGAUUGUUGCCUUGUGUGAGCUGCCACUGUUGUUAAAGCGUUACGUGGCCAUUGGUCGUCUUCGGCACGCAGCUAACCUGGGUAGUACGAGUCAGGAGGUGCGCUUUGUUAUCCUGGUGCUGGCACCAUCUAAAGAGAAAACAACCAAAAAUGCUAUGGAGACGGGUCGGACGUUUGCCACAUUAUUUGUGGACCUAGAGUUCAAACACCUGCUGCUGGAUGUGAAGGCUGACUGGGAGUUUAAGGCGCUGCUGUCAGAACACGCCAAGAAGCUUGCUAAAGAACAGGGCAACCCUGACUGUCGAAACUCCCACCUUCAGCUGACGGCCUUCGAUGACCUGGAAGGAGAUAAGUCACGCUGUCCGAUUGCACGAGGAAUGAUCGGAGAUCUAAAGAGGAGGCUGCCCCAUUACUUCUCAGACUACAAAGAUGGCAUUUAUGGAAACAAAACAAUCCACAAAGUCACGUCAACGACAUUGUUCCUGUACUUCGCAUGUGUCUUACCAAACAUUGCCUUUGGAAUGUUAAACGAUACCAACACUCAUGGGGCCAUAGGAGUAAAGAAGAUCUUGUUCUCUCAGUGUGUAGGAGGGAUUAUAUUUGCUGUGUUUGGAGGCCAGCCUUUGAUAGUUCUACUAACCACAGCACCUCUAGCUCUCUAUACAAAAAUUAUAUUCAGUAUAUGUGAAGACUUUAAGCUGAAUUUCUAUGGGAUGUUUGCCUGUGUGGGGCUAUGGAACACCUUCUUCCUGCUCAUCUUCAGCAUAUUUGAUGUCAGUAAGAUGAUGAAAUGGUCCUCCAGGUCUACAGAGGAGAUUUUUUCACUGUUUAUUACUUGUGCUUUUUCUGCGGAUGCAAUCCGAGAUACGGUCAGGAAUUUCAAGUCCAAUUACUACAACGAAGCCUGCCAAAAUCUGAGUGCUGCAUUGACCUCAGUAACCCCAAGUUUAGAUGUCAACAUGUCCGUCACAGAUCACAUGACACAGGCGGCUCCACCGGAGUGCCUCAAAGAAAACAGCAUCCUCUUCCUGUUGUUAAUGCUGGGAACACUCUGGUUGGGGCUUACACUCUACAACUUCACAACAACGCCAUUCCUGAACGCAGGCAGACGGGAGAUCCUGGCUGACUACGCAUUGCCCACGGCAGUUCUCAUCAUGUCUGUGAUUGGCUCUGUCAUCUUCCGUGACAUCCAGAUCAAGCCCUUCAGCUACAACCCUGAUGAAGAACUCUUUGUGGUAGCCCCGCUGCACACCCUGCCCCCAGCGGCCUGGGUGGCGGCUGCGGGACUGGGCUUCAGCCUCUCACUGCUGUUUUUUAUGGAUCAGAACAUAUCCAGUGCUUUGGUCAACACACCCGCCCACAAGUUAAAGAAAGGCGCAGCCUAUCACUGGGACCUAUUUGUGGUAGCUGUGAUUAAUGGUUUCCUGUCGGUGUUUGCCUUUCCCUGGGUGCAUGCAGCGCUGCCUCACUCCCCACUGCACGUACGUGCCCUGGCCGACAUAGAAGAGAGGGUAGAGCAGGGACAUGUCCAGCAAAUAGUGGUGCGUGUGCGUGAAACCCGGCUGACAGGUAUCAUCUCACAUGUGAUGAUUGGUCUGUCAAUGCUCAUGUUGCCAUACCCAAUGUCGUACAUUCCUCGCCCCGUUCUGGACGGCCUCUUCCUCUACGUGGCCAUCACUGCCUUAUUUGGUAAUCAGCUGUUCGAACGGAUCCUCCUGCUGGUCACGGAACAGUCUGCCUAUCCACCAAACCACUACAUACGGCGUGUACCACAGAGGAAGAUUCACCUCUUCACGGGGAUACAGUUUGUACAGUUUGUCAUCCUGUGUUGUUUUGGAUUUUCCCCAAUUCCAUACAUGAAGAUGAUCUUCCCUAUUCUCAUUAUGUUUCUCAUGCCAAUUAGACACAAACUUGUUCCACGUCUAAUUGAGCAGAAGUUUUUACGAGCAUUGGAUGGCCAUUCUCACUGAAUUCCAUGCCCAAACCAACCCAAAGAGAAAGAAAUUUGUUUUUAUUUUAAGGCUGUGAAACUGAUUGUUUAUGGUGUGUACAUUUGUUAUAAGUGUUAAGGAAGUUUUCUCUCAUUACUUCUGCUUGUAGACUUAUAUUAGUAUGUUGAGGAAGAUUUCUCUAAUCACUUCAACUAGUAGGCCUUCUGCAGUAUGUAAAGGAAGAACUCUCUAAUCACUUCAAUUAGUAGGCCUUCUGCAGUAUGUAAAGGAAGGACUCUCUAAUCACUUCAAUUAGUAGGCCUUCUGCAGUAUGUAAAGGAAGGGUUCUCUGUUCACUUCAAUUAGUAGGCCUUCUGCAGUAUGUAAAGGAGGACUCUCUAAUCACUUCAAUUAGUAGGCCUUCUGCAGUAUGUAAGGGAAGGGUUCUCUAAUCACUUCAACCAGUAGGCCUUCUGCAUAUGUAAAGGAAGGGUUCUCUAAUCACUUCAACCAGUAGACCUGUUGUACUAUGUAAAGGAAGGACUCUCUAUUCACUUCAACCAGUAGGCCUUUUGCAGUAUGUAAAGGAAGGGUUCUCUAAUCACUUCAACCAGUAGGCCUUCUGCAGUAUGCAAAGGAAGGACUCUCUAAUCACUUCAACCAGUAGGCCUUCUGUGUAUGUAAAGGGAGGGUUCUCUAGUCACUUCAAUUAGUAGGCCUUCUGCAGUAUGUAAAGGAAGGACUCUCUAAUUACUUCAAUUAGUAGGCCUUCUGCAGUAUGUAAAGGAAGGUUUCUCUAAUCACUUCAACCAGUAGGCCUUUUACAGUAUGUAAAGGCAGGGUUCUCUAAUCACUUCAACCAGUAGGCCUUUUGCAGUAUGUAAAGGAAGAACUCUCUAAUCAGUUCAACCAGUAGGCCUUCUGCAUAUGUAAAGGAAGGACUCUCUAAUCACUUCAAUUAUUAGGCCUUCUGCAGUAUAUAAAGGAACGUUUCUCUAAUCACUUCAACCAGUAGGCUUUCUGCAGCAUGUAAAGGAAGAACUCUCUAAUCACUUCCAUUAGUAGGCCUUCUGCAGCAUGUAAAGGAAGGGUUCACUAAUCAC